CAAGCUUCUUUAAUGUUUAUGGUUCAAUUAUUUUCUGCAUUAAUUCUUUGCCCUUUCCCACCUUAGAAUUUGUUUUGAAGAACAGUAAUCAAGCGAUCCCGUUUUAUGCUGUUUUCCUGCUCGCUUUUGCUUUGAAGAAUUUUGGGUUUGCUUUAAGAGGAAGAAAAAUUCUCACGCUUACUCUACCUUUUUGUUGAGAUCUACGGAAUCGGAAAUUCGAGCCCGAAUCUGUGAUCCCCAUUGUUCCAAUUUUGUGAUUACGCCUGCGAUGGACGAUUUUGGGGUAUUGACGGAAAGAUUUGGAUUGAAGCCGCAAGGAAAAUCGGCUCCAAUGGCUGCAUCGAAGGCAUCCACUUCCUCAAACACCUUCCAGUCUCCGAAAUCCGGGUAUAAUUCGGGUUUGAAUGGCAAUUCCUCGUUCGAUUCUGGCUUUGGUGACGUAUCUUUUCAGAAAAACACUAAGCCCGGGGGGCUUGAUGAUUAUGGUGAUUUUCUUGGGAGUCUCAAUCAGCCAACGAAACAUUCGGGGCAUUCCGGAAGUUCUCCGUCUUCUUUUGAUUACGAUUCAAUAUUUUUUGGGUCGAAGAGUUCAGAUCCAACUUAUGAUGAUGUUUUUGGUGGGAUUCCCGGAUUCAAGAGCUCGGUAACAACAAAGACGGAGGAUCCGGUCCGAUCGUUCUCCUCAUCAACGAAUCAUAACUCUCAAAUUGAUGAUUUGUUUGGUAAUUUCGGCAGCAAUGUGGCGAAGACAACAAUUCCGAAGCCAUUGAAAAAGGCAGCAAAUAACAAUGCAGCCACUUUUGAUGAAUUGAUUUCUGGCUUUGGCAAUGGCAACUCUCGAACUAAUAGAGCGAGCGUUCUGGACAAUCUGACCCAGCAAUCAACUUCUCAUCCAACUAAAUCAACUUUCGGUUCAGCCAAAGAUCCUUUCAUAGAACUAGAAUCAACUUCAAUACCAACUUUUAGUUCGUCUAAGGCUUUCUUAAAUCCGUUGGAGGAAAUUAGUAAGUUCAAUAGUUCUGGAGGCACAAAAUUUGACAGCCCGUCAAAUUCUUCCUCACCAUUCAGGGUUCCUCCAAUACCAAAGCCAGGGCAUAAGGCAGAUAAAGUUAAGAGUUCCUCUUCCUCUCCUAUAGAUGAAUUGGAGAACUUUGCAAUGGGAAAAGUCAAUGCCUCAACGUACACAGUGAAUAGAAAUGGUAAAGAUGCACAUGCUGCAGGAGUAAAUCAUCAAAAUACUGUAGACGAUCUGGACUCCUUUUUCAAUGCAGGUCCUCGAUCAAAGAGUGUUCCAAGGUCACGAAUAACAACUCCGGAUCCUCUAUUUGACGUUCCUAAGUACAACAAACCACCUGAAAUACCGAAAGGAACUUCUUUUGCAGCCUCAUCCAACAUGAAGAAAUCGUCUUCUGCUCUAAAUCUUGUGGAUGAUCUUACAUCGGUUUUUGGAGAUGCUCCUUUAUUUGGACAUUUUGAUGAAGUUGAGGGAGAGAGUGAAGAAAGAAGAAGAGCCAGAUUGGGUCGUCUACAAAGGACCCAAGAGCGUGCAGCAAGAGCAGUGGCUGAUUUGAAUCAACGUGACUUUCAAACACUGCACGAGCAAGAAGAGAAGCGUAGGAUUGCCGAGUCUUUAGAUGUUUCUAUCAAGCGCUGGGCUGCAGGGAAGGAAGGAAACAUGCGUGCACUGUUAUCAUCAUUGCAAUAUGUUCUCUGGUCCGGUUGUGGUUGGGAACCAGUUUCAUUGACAGAUAUGAUUACUUCUUCCUCAGUUAAAAAGGUGUAUAGGAAGGCAGUCUUGUGCAUUCAUCCGGAUAAGGUUCAACAGAAGGGUGCCAGUAUUGAACAGAAAUAUACCGCAGAGAAGGUUUUUGAUAUUCUCAAGGAAGCCUGGAAUAAGUUCAGCAAAGAGGAACUUUAGACACAUCUUGGAUGAUUCUCUUCUUCAACCACCAUUUCACCUGCAAAGUAUGAAUAUUCUACUCAGGGAGAGACGACUAAACUAGCAUUACAAUCGUCGGCUGUUUUCUUCAGGUCAGUCUGGAGGCCAUGGCGGCCAAAAUCGUGUUCAACAUAUUGUCAGAGAAAGAACUAAAUGGUCGUCAUUACUUGACAUUGGGGUAAUACUUGGAUCCCAUAGGUUAAACCAUAGUUUCAUACCCAAAUUAUAUUGUGAUUUAUAUCGUUCCCCAAUAAAAUAGAGCUGAUGAUUCUUUAAAUUUGCGCCAGAUUCAUUGUUUUUGUAGAGUUUAUUUCUUCCAUUUUUCCUCUUUCUUUCUCCUGGGAAGGAGUUGUGGGUUAAAAGUUGAAACAUCUUCCAUCCUUCCUGUAUUUUGCUGAACUGUACAUUCAACAUUUUGUAUUGUAUGUUGCAGGAGUAUCCUUGAGUUGUGUAACAUGUGGAAACUUUUCUCAUUAA